AGUGACUGACGGGCUGUCCCGUCUGUGCCGCUGCUGGUGCCUCCGACCCCGCCGCCGUCGUGUCAAACGACGUCGACGAGGCCACCAUGAGCCGCCGGCCGUCCUUCAGCGAGUGCCUGCGCGACUGGGAGGAGCUGCAGGACGGCUUCCAGCGCGUGCAGGAAACCCACAGGUUGUACAAGCAGAAGCUGGAAGAGCUGACGAAGCUCCAGGAUGGGAUCUCCAGCUCCAUCACCCGGCAGAAGAAGCAGCUGAAGGAGCUGUCGCUGGCUCUCAAAAAAUGCAAGUCUUCCCUCGUCGCCGAUCAAGAGGAGACCGUCCAGGAGAUCCAGGAUAUGAUCAAAGAGCGGCAGAAUGUCUUCUUUGAAAUGGAGGCUUAUUUGCCCAAGAAGAACGGGUUGUACCUGAACCUCGUGCUGGGGAACGUGAACGUCACUCUGCUCAGCAAGCAGGCUAAGUUUGCCUACAAGGACGAGUAUGAGAAGUUCAAGCUCUACCUCACCAUUAUCCUUAUCAUCAUUUCCUUCACCUGCCGAUUCCUCCUCAACUCCAGGGUGACAGACGCAGUCUUCAAUUUCCUCCUGGUCUGGUACUACUGCACACUCACCAUUCGGGAGAGCAUCCUGAUCAACAAUGGUUCCAAGAUCAAGGGUUGGUGGGUUUUCCAUCACUAUGUUUCCACAUUCCUCUCCGGCGUCAUGCUGACAUGGCCAGAUGGACUCAUGUACCAGAUGUUCAGGAACCAAUUCCUCUCCUUUUCCAUGUAUCAGAGUUUUGUGCAGUUCCUGCAGUAUUACUACCAGAGCGGCUGCCUGUACCGGCUCAGAGCCCUGGGGGAACGACACAACAUGGACCUCACCGUGGAGGGCUUCCAGUCGUGGAUGUGGAGGGGCCUUACGUUCCUGCUUCCGUUCCUGUUCUUUGGCCACUUCUGGCAGCUGUAUAAUGCCGUCACCCUCUUCCGACUGGCGCAACAUCCAAACUGCAAAGAGUGGCAGGUGCUGAUGUGCGGCCUUCCUUUCUUUGUCCUCUUCGCUGGCAAUUUCUUCACCACCUUGCGAGUUGUCCACCAGAAAUUCCAAGAGAAGAUGAAGGGUUCCAAGAAGGAGUGAGCCGCGGCCUCCCUGAGCAUCCGUCCUCAUCGCUACCCCCGGACGUUCGUUUCCACCUCCGCCUACCUUCCGUCGUUCUUGGCCCUGAGCCGGGGAGCUUGCGUCCCGUGCUCCUGAACUGAUGAUUCACUCUGGGCUGAGCAUCUCCCCCCACCCCUCCAGUCUUCUCAUGAACUGGUACAAAUGAAGCCGAAUGUGAACACCGCUCCCCAAUCUGGCACGAGGCCAUUCUGAGAAGCAGGCCUUUGUCCUCGGAUGGUGGGUUUCCAGGACGAUGGCCGCAGAGUCAGCAACCAGCAGUGACUUUAGCCCAUGACUCUUGAAUGUCUUUCUGAACCCUUUUCCCAGCCCGUCCCACCUGGGUGCCACCUGGAGCAGCCGUCUACCAGGUGGGGACAGGUUUAGCCUCAACCAUCUUUAAAGUCUGUUUGGACCUGGCAUGAGGGGCAAAGGGAGUAUUUCUCCUCUGUACUGUACAGCAUCUCCCGUCUUGACUUUUACGCUGACUCCUGUGACUUCUCUCAGGCUUGCGAGAGACCUUUUCCCUUGCGGGUUUGUGUUCCACUCUUCUCUGGUAUUUUACCAGGAAGGCCAAAGGAGCCUGAGUCUUGGCCGUGUACAGCCUGGCUGCCUCUUCUUCAGUAUCCCCACCAGCACCAAAAAACAUUCUGUGAUGUCUGCCCAGGUCUCUUUCCUGACCUGCUAGUAAGAACUGAUGGGUGAUUUUGUUUCCCAAUUUUUCUAUAUCCCUUCAGAAGUUGGAAGGGGGGACGACUGGCCAGAAAGUCUUAGAUUGUGGGUGUGGUAAAGCUGGUACUGAGCAAUGGCUUGGGUGGGUGGGCUGCAUUGGGCGCUGACCUCUCUCAGCCAUUGUGUGACGUAUUUUGAAACUGCGUUGUGUGUGUGACGUCUUUAGGAAAGCUGGAAGGAGCUGGCCGGCCUUAAGCCUGUGUCUUUGCAUCUCCUCUCGAAGUGUAUUGUCAUUUAAAAAGUGUUGAAAAAUAAAGGAAGGGAAAUGAAGCACCUUCAAGCGAUA